AUGAAGGCGCUGCAUAUUGCCGUACUAACGCGCUUGUGUUCCAACGUCUUUCAGGUUCGCACACCGACUGCAACGACGAUUGUAACCGCCACGGCGCAGACGCGACGACCGGUGCUGAGCGUGCGCCGACGCAAGAUCAAUUCGCCGAACGCUUCAUCAGGUAUAGCUUACCAGACGGCUACCACGUCGUUACAGACGAGCCAAACGGCGGCAGCAACUACAACUACAACUAAUGCGGACGCUUCAACCAAAAGUGAUGAGCUGCUAAUAAUCACAACGGAAUUACCGACGACGACCUUUAAUAAGCAACAACUACAACGUAAUCGUAAUAAACUGGUAACACCGGCCGCCACAACAGCAACAGCAACUACAACGGACGAUUUAAACGCACCAACAACAACACAAUUUACAGCAGCAGCAAUUACACUGAACAACGCCAACAACAAUCAGAAGAGUUAUUUAAAUACAAAGUACAGAGCUAAGCUGGUAGCAGCUGGUUUGUCAACGAUCAGCACAUCAUUAGCAACGGAGACACCAAAUGUCGAUGGAGCAGCAGCAGCAGCAACCACAACAGCCAGCAAUGACAUCAUACAGCAAGCAAAUGUCAACACCAACACCAAACAACCGUCGACUGUGUUGCGCAGAAAAUUCCAAGCACGACGUCUCAUUACAACCACAGCGGCAAGCGCCACAGACGAUAGUGCCACCGAACAGCCACGCACACCCAAUCCACUCUUCAAACGCAGAUUUUCGCUCGCCGCCAAUCCAUCUGCCACAACAAUACUUACGCCGAGUACAAACACUCCAGGUGACGCACUCACCACAACACUCUUUGUAGACGGUUUCGAUGCCGAGAACGCAAGUGAUCAAGUGGCCAAAUCGAGUGUACAUACAAAUCAUUUCAAUCAAUUUGUGCACAACGCCGAAGAUAAUGAAGCACAAAUACCACCACGAACUUUAACCAGCGGCAUCAAGGCCUCACCACUGAAAUCAAAGCCGCACAUAGCAGUCACAACAACACAUGCGCCAGUUGAGCCGCAGCAGCCAUAUGUGGAAUCCAUCACACGUCGUAUGGGCACCGUAGCGGCAACCACAGAAUUCACUGCAUCGAAACGAAAGUCUGUCGCCAGCAAACGAAGGCCACAGAAGUACACGCCCCCUACGCCACAAACAUCGACUGAAAGCUUAGCGUCGCGACGCGGGCAGUCUGUGAAAGAGGCGGUGAACAGGCGACGGCCUAACAAAUAUGCCGCCAGCGACAGUUUUGAGCGACUAAAUGGCAAUCAGGCGGCACCGGCAAAGCCAACCCCACAUGUCAGCAAGGCGAAGAGCAGCCAUCGACAAGUCGUCGAUUAUGACUACUAUGACGAUGAAAAUGAGCGCGUAGUUGGCAAUACCGAAGGGCAACAGUUGAAGGUGAUUUUACAUGGACGUGGCAUAAUCGAAUGCCUGGAUCAAGGCAAUUUCCCGCAUCCGCUGUCGUGUCGGAAAUUCAUUUCCUGUGCCAAAUUCGAGACCGGUGGCGUGGUAGGCUGGGAAUAUACUUGUCCGAAGGGUCUCAGUUAUGACCCGGUCGGUGGCAUGUGCAAUUGGGCAGCCGGUCUCGGCUGUAAGGAGUAAUUGGCGGCGGCAUUAACACUUUGAAAUACAUAUUCUAAAAAUAAUAUACCCUUUAAAUAUUGCUAGAUACAUACUAUCGCACAAA